GUUGCGCCCAGCUGAUUCGGAGCAGCGGGAGCGUGUCUGGAGCCUGCUGCGGGGCCUGCUGGAGACCUACAGCCGCCUGCGGGAGGAGGACCAGAGCUUUGCGGUGGAGGCUGUGGAGCGGCUGAUCCAUCCUCAACUGUGUGAGCAGUGUAUCGAGUUCCUGGAGCGGCAGGUGGUGCAGUACAUCAACGCCAGCCCUGAGCGCGGUGGGGAAGAGGUGGGCCAUGCCUUCCUCCUGGUGCACACCAAGCUGCUGGCCUUCUACUCCAGCCGCAACGCCAGCUCCAUCCGCCCCGCUGACCUGCUCAUCCUCAUCCUCCUGGUGCAGGACCUGUACCCCAGCCAGAGCGCCGAGGAGGAGCUCAGCCCCCAGCCCACAGCAGGGAAGGUGCUCCUCCAGGGACCCACGAGAAGCAGCAGCAUCCCCUUGAGCGGUCCUGGCUCCCAUGGAGCUGCAGAGAGGGACUCAGAUGACCGGGACACGAAUGAUCACUCUGUGCCUGAGGUUUACUACACCCCUGAGCCCUCACCGGGCAGGCACAGCACAGGCAGUGAGAGCUGGUCGGAGAGCGCUGAGAUGCUGAGUACCGGAGAGGCAGACACUGCUGACGUCCAGAUGGCAGAGGACUUACUCCAGACCUUGGGGCCCCUGGUCCCUGAAGCUUCAAACCCCAGAAGGAUCUUCCUGGACGCCAGCCUGCGGGAAGGUUACUGCCCCUUGCUGCCACACACUAUGCACUGCCUCCCGCUGUGGCCAGGAAUGUCCCUUGUCCUCCUGACCAAGGGCCCUAUGACCCAGGUGGCCGUCACCUUGUACCAGCUGCUGGAUGGUUUCUUGGUGCUGGAGAGGAAGCUGGAAGAGGGGCCAGAGGUGGGAGCCCCACGCUCCUACCCAUUCCUGGCCGAGCUACGGCAGCAUAUGGACAAGUUUGUGAAGAAGCUGAGCGGGCAGGACAUCCAGUUGCAGAACGCUUGGGUUGACUUCAAGAACAAGAUAUUUUCCCGGAGCGAACCUGGAAGUUCCUUGGACCACAGCCUGUCCCAGGGGCUGCGGGACCGUGCCCAGAUACUGAUGAGGGAGAAGCUGCUGGACUGGCGGGACUUUCUGCUGGUGAAGAGCAGGCGCAAUAUCACCAUGGUGUCAUACCUGGAGGACUUUCCUGGCCUGGUGCACUUCAUCUAUGCGGACCGCACGGCUGGGCAGAUGAUGGCACCGUCGCUCAGCAUGACAGAGAAGUCCAGCUCCGAGCUGGGCAAGGGCCCCCUGGCCGCCUUCAUCAAGAGGAAGGUCUGGUCACUGAUCACGUUGGCCCGGCGUUACCUACAGAAGGGCUACACAACACUCAUGCUGCAGGAUGGUGACUACUGCUGCUCCUACUUCCUCUGGUUUGAGAAUGAGCUGGGCUACAAGCUGGAAGUGAUGGACGUGCCAGUUCUCUCCGAUGACUCUGCUCCCAUUGGGAUGCUGGCAGGAGACUACUACAGGAAACUGCUGCGUUACUACAGCAAGAACCAGCAGGCAGAGGUGGUGAAGUGCUACGAGCUGCUGACUGUGCACCUGGGCAUCAUCCCCUCCGAGCUCGUGGUCCAGCAGGCCUGUGACUUGGCCCGGCGCCUCUGGGAGCCCUCCCGCAUCCCCCUGCUCUGA